CCCUGCGUUUCCCACCAGGAAACCCCUGCAGUCGGUCCCAGUGUUGUGUCCUCGUGCACAUGUUCCUGAGUUCUUCUUCUUCUUCUUCUUCAUGUGUGACCUUCACUACUGUUCCUGGAUGUGAUCGUCUUUCCUGGACCGACGACUCGUGUACGACAAACUGAACUGUGGUUCCUCAGCUCCUCCUGGAACUUCUCCAGCAGAGCGGCCAGCGACCUGUAGAUGGUCCCUGAUCCCAGGUCAGAGGUCACCGACACCCCGGACCAGUUCUUGGUGGGAGGAGGACUGGAGAGCACGUGGAACGUCUGGGAAAUUCAAAUGUCAAACUUCUCACCGACCUUGACGCAGUGGCUGGGGUCGUUUGACUGGGCGAGCUCGGCCAGGGCGCUGGCUCUCCUCCGCAGCUCCUGGACCUCCAGCUCCAGUUGUCUUACCAUGGCGUCGGCCUGGUGCUCGGCCGACCUCCGGCUCAUCUCCAUCACCUCCAUCAGCUCCGCCUGCGAGCGCUCGAUGGCCGACGCCAGGGCGGAGAAGAGGCAGACGCUGCCGGCCGUCUCUCGCUCCACCGCCAACUGGUGACCGAGUCUCACACGUCAGCGGCUCUGGCAGCGCUCGAGGAAACUUCUUCUUCAGUUCAUCAAAUAAAUAAUCAGAUUAAACCACACGCUCCCUGAACACGGCGUCCCUGAAGUGUCUGCAGUCCGAACCACAGUCUGAACACGAGACGAUGAGACGACUCGUUUCCUCUGUCUCCUCCCUCCUCCCUCUCUUCACGAGUAUUAGUAUUAGAAGGUGAUCAUCAUCUUCAGUAGCUGCAGCAUCAGCUCCACCAUGAAGGCUGUGUUUCUGCUUCUUUGUGCCGCGAUGGCUCUGACCGGAGUUGCUCCUUUCAGGGCCAUGCCGACAGCGUGUCCCAACGGUUGGACUUAUAUCAGCCGUCGCUGUUACUACUACAUUUCAGCUAAGCUGAACUGGGCUGAAGCUGAGAAAAAAUGCCUGACCAUGAAUGCAAACCUCGCGUCUGUGCACAGCAGCUCCGAGUAUAGCUCCAUUCAGGCAGUGAUCAAGAAGGCCUCCAAGGCGUCCGGAAGGACGUGGAUUGGAGGAACUGACUGCCAAAUGGAGGGAAUUUGGCUGUGGAGCGACGGCACUGCUUUUGACUAUACUCACUGUGCGAACUUUGACAACAAACAAUCGAAGCAGCACUGUCUUGUCAUGAACUACGGAGGCAACAAGUGCUGGGAUGACGAUAGAUGUUCCAGAGAAUUUCCGUCUGUCUGCGUCAAAGGAAGAUCUUACCCUGGGAUAGGAUGAAGCACACACAGACACACACACACACACACUGCUUUGUGUUUGCUUUUUGCCAUCUUGUUUUACUCCUUCACCUCUUUACAGUCGCUGCAACAAUUUGUAAAUUAGAGGAACUAGUCGACAUCAACAGGAGCUGCUGGGUUGUGUCUGUAGGUUUUGUGUCUUUAAUAAGAGGAAACUAAAUUGACGCUUCUAACUCGCCCUUAUACUGGCGAGGGAGCCGCUUUUCUUCAUAAACAAAUGCAAAUAAAAGCUUCAAGCAAUGAAA